UUCAAAUAUAUCCAUUAAUGGUUUUGUCUGUUUGACCAACCAACCAAACACUGACCCACAUUUGUAAACAAUGAACCCCACUAAGCAUCACUCCAUACCUGCUCUACUAUCAAAUACUGUCAUAGAUACUCUACCGUAUAAUCCCCUUUACACGAAACCUUUCAGGGGACCAGUGCGAAGAUAAAAUAACUGUGAGAUGACAGCCAACAACAUUCAGGCUAAAUUUUUGUAGCAGCUGUGUUUACAUCAAGAAUACGGCCCAAUAUGUGUGGCCACAUUUUUAGGACAUGGUCUUUUGUCAGAAUAGCUUUGUUGUAGCAUUUUAAUAACUUAGCAUCAUUAAAUAGUGUGUAUACCAACUCAUUAAAAAAGGUCUCCACCUGUUUCUGUGCAAAAAUAGCCAAUGCAAAGACAUGGAGGUGAAUGAGGUGAGAGGCACAAAACAAUCAGCUGACAGACAAGAAAAUUGCCCAAUUUGAGUCUUGUGGGACAAAAGAGGCUGCUGACAAAGAUGUAACUUAAGUCUGUGGUGUAACAAAAGCUUUUGAACACAUUCCACCUUGCUAAUUAUCUCCUGUCGUACCAGUGAGGUUUGUCCAUGGUUGAAUUGUUUGGAAAGUUUUUCUGGGCCAUAUGGCACUCUGGCUAACCUUCAUGAGUGCCCAGGUGAGUCUAUGUGGAGGGAAAAUUCAAUGAUACUGAACAAAUGAUGGGUUUUGAAAGUUUACCAUCUGACUUUUGUUGAACGAUGUACCAGUAAAUAUAAGGAUGAACAGUGUUAAUGGUGAGUUUUAUGGUCCUUUGCUGACCUUGGCAGGAGUCUCCCCACACUGAUGAUCAAAGAUAUCAAGUGUCUGUGAACAGUUCAGGUUCACUGAACCAAUGGUGUUCUGUUCAGAAUUUUUUCUAACACAAGGAAACACAAAUAUGUUCUCACCAGACAUGAUCGUGCACAUGUUUUCUGUUUGUGCACUCAGCCGUUUACAAUCCGUGUAACUGUCAGUUGCUGCAGUCAUCAGGCAGAACCAGUUCUCUCAGGGACAAACCUCGGCUAAACAUAUGAUCUGCGCAGAGUAUUUCACAAGGUCCAGUCUAUGUGGUUUUAUGUAUAUGUUGUAUUUAUAUUAAUAUUUACUGUAAAUAAAUUAAAAACAAUAUAAGUUUUGAGUGCUACUAAACUGAAAUUUUCAGCUUUCACCAAGUGGCAAAAUAGUUUUCUCGGAGGACUAGAUCUGGCCCUUUGCCUACCACUGGCGUUGAGAUUUGAUCGGUGCUGCUGCCACAGUCUUACAGUUAAUGAUAGCCCCAAUAAAACAAGGCGAGUUUUAAAAGUUCCAGCAUUUCUAGACUUGUUCCUGGAGUGGUUUUGAACUUCUGAUUGAUAAUAAUAAUAUAUGACAGUCACGGGGUGAACUUUUUCUUGAGAUACUGCCAAUCUUUGAAACUUUGUUAAACAAAACUUGCUUACUGAGGCUGGAUUAGGCUUCACUGUGGCGCCUGUUGAUGCCUCCUUCGCUGCACCUUCAGUGGCUGAAGACGGACAGGUGUUGUUGGCCAUUUGGGGCCUCGUCCACACACUCCUGGACGAAGACACUUAUCGUAAUCAAAACAAAAGGGUAAAUGUGCUAGAUAUUGGGCAGUGUUUCCAUGGUCACCAAAGGGCAGGAAUGGAGGGUGGCAGCAGGACGGUAAGACAAGAGCUGUAGUUAGACUGUAGAUGGGGUGGCAGGGAUUAUGGAUCUGCUCAGGUAAACCCACUGAGAAAUCCUGAGCUUCAGGGUGAAUCUCACUGUGUCUUUGUCGUGUUUUCUCUCUGUGUCGAAUGAUUUCCUGCAGUUUCUUCACCAGGAUCAACCUGAUGUGGUGGAGUUUCCGUGAGCUGAGAAAAGAAUCCAAGAAAUUUGCCAGUGGCGUUUUCCCCUCUGUAAACCUCUGAAAAAGCAGCUGAGCUCUCGCAGCUCAUUGGUCCUAAAAACUCCAAAGUGAAAAACCUGCAUCGACAGAGACAUGAUGACCCUCCGCUCUGGGUGCUCCCCGGCUCAUCAAAGUUUGGUACCUGAUGCAUCCUGCUGGGACACAAGGUGAGCUGCUGCUGGUGCAUUCAUGGACUGUCGGAUAACUCGCUAUUAUCCUUCUGGAGAGCACAAUGUAUGGCCUUGUCUCUUAGGUUUCAUAUUUUCAGUAUGUUUCUUAACUGUCACUUCUACAGAGGCUGCAGCCCAGGGGCCCCCUGACCUCUUGUUGGCCUUGUGUUGUAUAAUUUCUCCUUUACAAACUUUAGUUUUGUCAUGUAUGUUUGCUUAUGUAUUUUGUUGUACUAUAGGCUUUAUAACUAGUAUGUACAUUCUCAGAAUUCCAAAAUAAUCUGAAAACCUCCUUGGAUUGUAGUGAUGUCUGCUGUACCCACACCUUUGCUGUCUAAAAAUAAAUUAUGAUAUAAUGUAAUUUUCUCUUAAAUGGAUCGAUGAAGUGAUUCAUUUCAAGUUUCAGUCACAGAUAAGGUCAUAGCUAGGCUUUGCUUUAAACCUUUAAGUCAACCGAGGACACAGGUAAUGGAACUGUUAAACAAGCCACAAAUAGUGAGGGAAAAAAGUGUUUUAAAUAACAAUGCAGAUAUGUGAAUAUGAAACAAGGGAUGAAAAGUCUGUAGAUAAACAUGUCAGCCUUGCAUAAUGAAAAAUGUAACAAUACUUAUAGUGUACCAAUUAUUAUUAUUGCUUGUAUAUUCAAAAGUACACUAUUGUCUUUAAAUGAAAAGGAAAGAACAAUGGUAUGUGCAUUUCAUAAAACAUACAUUUUUCUGUUUACAGUAAAACUAAAGUGUGUUGUUGACAACUUGUUGACAGACUCUCCUAGAUUUAUGACCCUGGCUUUGUGCCCACGUGUGUCUCCUAAUGUCCUGCUCUGUCCUGUGAGUGUUUGUCCUGCGUGGACCUGGGUGGAGCCUGCUGGAGUCAACACAGCCUACUAUGCAGGUGAUGGCUGCCGGCCUCCCUCAGAAUAACUCUGCCUGUCUGGCUAUAUGUAGCCUCAGUUAAUCCUUAAGACGAGCGCUGCUGAGGUCCCUCCCUGCACGUCGGUGAAAGUCCUGCACUGAGACAUAAAGGAGUUUCCCCUCCUGAGAGCAGCAAGACAACAUGCAGAUUAACUACAAUUGCCCUCAACACAGGACACCUCCACUUUGUAAGUACAGGCAGUGAUGCAUCCUCUGGUACUUCUACCAAGCCACCUCUGGAGCGUUCAGCUGUGAUUGAACAACAGCAAACCACCAUGAGCGCAGACACUGCCUGCAGGGCAGAGCUGGACUCGGAGCACCACGGCGAGCUGGCCGACUUGGUGGCGGCCAUGAAUGUGACCGCCAACCGUAUGACCCCGCCCAGCGGCUCCAGGUCUGGUGCUCUGAGGACCACCAGUUCUCACAGAGCUCGACUCUCGGACAGAAAAUUGUCUCUGCAGGAGAGAGGGAGCCGCAUGGCGCGACAGCCCACCAUUGAGACCAAACGUGUUUCCAUCACAGAUGCUGAUGACUGUGUCCAGCUCAACCAGUAUAAGCUGAAGAAAGAGAUCGGAAAGGGUUCAUAUGGAGUGGUGAAGUUAGCUUAUAAUGAAGAUUCUGAAGAGUACUAUGCAAUGAAAGUUGUUUCAAAGAAGAAGCUGAUGAGGCAGUGUGGAUUUUUGCGCCGCAUGCCUCCUCAAGGAUCAAACUCGCAGCAGCAGGAUCUGUUCCCUAAAGCCAUGUUGCCUCUGGAAAGAGUGUACAAGGAGAUCGCCAUCCUGAAGAAACUGGACCAUCAUAAUGUUGUUAAACUAGUGGAGGUGCUUGAUGACCCUGACGAUGAUGGACUUCAUAUGGCCUUCGAAUUGAUGACAAAAGGCCCGGUGAUGGAGGUGCCUACAGACGACCCUUUCACGGAGGAGCAGGCUCGCUUUUACUUCAGAGACGUUGUCCUGGGAAUUGAGUACUUGCACUACCACAAGAUCAUCCACAGAGACAUUAAACCCUCCAACCUGCUGCUGGGGGACGACGGCCAUGUCAAGAUAGCAGAUUUUGGUGUGAGCAACGAGUUUGAAGGGACAGACGCCCUCCUGUCGAGCACGGUGGGGACACCGGCCUUCAUGGCCCCCGAGAUGAUGACUGAACACGAGCAGAGCUUCAGUGGAAAGGCAUUAGACGUGUGGGCAAUGGGAGUCACACUGUACUGUUUUGUCUUUGGGAAGUGCCCUUUCUAUGAUGAAUACAUUGUGUCUCUGCACAACAAAAUCAAAAACAAACCUGUGGACUUUCCAGAGACGCCAGUGAUUAGUAAUGAAUUAAAGGAGCUCAUUAAAGGGAUGUUGGAUAAAAACCCUGAAACAAGAAUCACCAUCCCUGAAAUCAAGCUACAUCCGUGGGUGACAGAGAAUGGCACAAAUCCUCUCCCUCUAGAGGAGGAGCACUGCAAGGCAGUGGAGGUCACUGAGGAGGAGGUGCAGAACAGCAUCAAACUCAUCCCCAGCCUUUCUGCUGUGAUUCUGGUGAAGUCCAUGCUGAGGAAGCGGUCUUUCAGUAAUCCCUUUGAGUGUCAGGGCAGACGGGCAGAAAGGUCCAUGUCUGCCCCUGGAGGUCUUCUUACUGGUUUUUGGGGCGUACUGGGGUCUUCGCCUCAGCUUCAUCCUUCCUUGAGGAAAGUCAGCAACGAGGGGAGCAGAGAGGGAGAGUUGGAGGACUUGUAUGAAGUCGACACAUUUACAGAGUGCACAGAUUAAAUUCCCACAUGCAUUGACACACAUGUUUUUGCGUCAUGCUUCCUGUGCUCUCAUGCUUACAGUUUUUUCUCACUCCUAGUGCAAGAAACAGUUCUGUGAUAUGUUGAAUAUUGAAUAGAUGGGUAGAUACAUAAAAUCACAGCAAGUAAGAUUAGAUUUGACUCUGUCCGCUCUGCUUGUUUACUGUUCUGUUAAUAUUUAAAUUACAGAUGGCACAGUUGCCAGUGACAUAUGUUGCUCAUGGAUGUUAUAUGAUUUAUUUACUUUGGAUUGUUCUUAAAAAUGUAAAUAUGCUCCAUAAAGAAGAUAUUUUUACAUUUUCCUACAGCUGUUAAAAUAAUAAAAGA